UUUUUGUGGCGCUACUUUUGCGUAACUGGAACUUUCUGUGAAGCCGCGGUUUUAAACGCUUUGACAUGGUGUUGACGAGGGAAUAUCGCGUGUGCAUGCCGCUAACCGUGGAGGAGUACAAGAUUGGUCAGCUGUAUAUGAUAGCACGCCAUAGUCUGGAGCAAUCCGAGGAAGGAGAGGGUGUUGAGGUGGUGGAGAACAGACCCUGUGAAGAUGCCGUCCAUGGCAAGGGCCAGUACACAGAGAAACACAUCCACUUGUCGAGUCGACUGCCUUACUGGGUGCAAGCAAUCUGCCCGCGCGUUUUCUAUGUGAUAGAGAAGUCCUGGAAUUACUAUCCCUACACACUAACAGAAUAUACGUGCUCCUUCAUACCCAAGUUGCAUGUCCUCAUCAAGACGAAGUAUGAGGACAACAAUGGCACCACAGAAAACUGUCUGGAUCUUACUGAGGAGGAGCUGAAAGUGCGCUCUGUGGAUCACCCUGACAUAGCUUUCGAUGAAUUCAACGCCAAGCAUUACAAGCGCGAGGAGGAUCCCAAGUUUUUCAAAUCAGAAAAAACAGGUCGCGGACCGCUGAUUGAGGGAUGGCGGGAAACGGACAAGCCCAUCAUGUGCUCCUACAAGGUGGUCCAUGCCAGCUUCGAGGUCUGGGGUUUGCAGACAAAGGUUGAGGAUUUUAUACAGCGCGGCAUUCGCGACAUACUCCUGCUUGGACAUCGACAGGCCUUUGCCUGGCUGGACGAAUGGCACGGCAUGACCCUGGAGGAUGUGCGUGACUACGAGCGCAAAAAACAAGCCGAGACCAAUGAGAGGGUGCAGGCAGCUGGCGAUGCCCCCACCCAGAGUGGUAGUGGCAGCAAUGGACGUAAUACGCCCACUCAGGAUGUUGAUUAAGUAAAAGUCAAGAGAUUUCAGCUCUUGUGAAUGUUAUACCAAAAUUUAAUGUAGACAAUUGGCAGGAAGAGUGUACCUGCAUAAGAGGCAACUGUUAAACAUAUGUACCUACAAACAUAUGUGAAUAUAUAUUCAUAUAUACUAUCAUUGCAUUUCACUGGUCCAAAGAGCAUUAUAGCAAGCGAAUACAAGCACAAAACCCGAAAGUCCAAGCCCAAAUAGACCCUAAUAGAUUGUUAAUCACCUAGAGAGUUCAGCACUUUGCUAAGCAAAUGUUAGCCGCACCUACAGAUAUAUCUAUACACAUAUUGAGCAUUAUAUUCGUGUCUAAUGAACGGUUUUUGUUAACUAUAUAUUCCCUAGUUUAGCUCUGAUCAAUGUGCGAUCCAUAUUUUGAUGUACAAAUGUAUGAAGCAUUAAUAAAAAUGAUGUUUCACAAAACAA